GGUUAUCCCUCUUUUAUCAUCCACAGUUCCACCAGAGGCAAAGAUGACUGACAUAGCAGAGAGUGGUAGUACCAAGCUGAAAUGCACAGUUAGUGGAUUUCACCCUCAAGCUAUUGAUGUUUAUUUUGUUAAAGGUGAUAAUGACAAAAUUGAAACAGCAACAUCCACUGGAGUUCUGCCAAACAAUGACGGAACAUAUUAUAUUGAGAAAUGGAUAGAAACUGAUCCACAAGAUAAAUAUCAUCACUCGUGCCACAUUGAGCAUGAAAGUUUAAAAUCAACGCUGAUUGUAAAGCUCGAUCAAACAUCCAAUAUUGCACUCAUUGUUGGGAUUGUUAUUGCUGUUGUUGCCGUGAUCCUUAUUGUCGUAAUCGCAGUGGUUAUCUGGAAAAAGAAGCAAAAAGGUAAGGACGAGAAGAGACUAAUGGAAUGA